AUGGACCCGGCGGCGGGCGAGCGGCAGCCUCUCCGCGCCCCGCAGCGUUCCGCGCGGCCGGCAGGAGGACGGAGCAGGCGGGCGCCGGCAGCCGAUGUUGCAUGCCCAGAUGUGCCCGCCCAGAUGUGCCGCCGCUGCCGGCGGAUGGCAAUUUCCUCCUUCCCUGACAAUAGAUCCAGCGGAGGGUGGCGGCGGCGACACGGGAUCCCCCCACCCCCCACGCCCUCAGGGUUUUUUGGGGUUGGUCGGGAGGGGGAGCCAAGCCGGCCCGGCCGCUCACAUCCCUGCCCCUCCCGCCGGCAGCGGCGAUCGCCGCGAAGCAGCAGCGCGCAGAGCCCGGUGGCGGCGGCGCCCGCACCCGGUCCCUGGCGGCGCGGCGGGGCCGGCGCUUGGCGCAGCAACGACGAGCCGCAGACCCUCCCCUCGCCGCCGACCCAGCACGUACGGCCCCCGCGGCUCCCCCGGCGGAGGUGGAGCGCGGGAAGAGGCAGAUGCGCGGCGCCGCGCGGGCAGCCCAGCGGACGGCUCGAUGGCCCCGGCCGCCGCCGGCCGUCGUCUCUUCCCCCCCGCCAGGGGGGGGCUACAGGCUUCCGCCUCCUCCCGAUAGGCGGAAGAAUGCAAAUGACAAGCGCUCGGGUGGCGGGGCGGCUACUGGGCGGGCGACGGGCAGGAAGCGGGCAGCGCCGCGCUGCGCAGGCGGGCGGCGAGGAGCGCGGCCGUGCCCCGCGGGCUGCGCGCCCACCAGCGGCCGAGAGGCACCGCGGGGCAGGGGGGAGGGGAGCGGUGCCGGCCCUGCGGGGCUGCGUGUCCGCCGGGACAGUGCAGAGCGAACGGUCGCGUCUGUCAUCCGGCUCCGGCCUCCGCGCCUGUGCUGUCAGCCUUGAGCAAACCUGUCUCCGGCUGUCAGUACGGUGCCCAGCGGCCCGCUCUAAUGCGAGGCUUGGUAACAGUGCAUUAAAAAGUCAUCCACAAAGAAAUUCUCCAAUCUUCUGGAAAACUGACAUGGCUGAUGGCUGGUUUUAGAGCAUCAACUGAAUAGAACAAGAAGGCUGGAUAUAUGAACCGGACUGAACACCCGUAAACCAUUGACAAGAAGCUUUCCGAAGAGCUUUGCAAGUAAUUUCAUGAACAACAGGACAGUUGGUGUGGAAAGUAAUGAUUUUGCCUUAAGGGAAUUCAUGG